AUGUCUCUCAAGUGCUCUGGAGCCUCAGAGAUGAAGGACGUGAUCGUCAGAGCAGCAGCUCAUGCUGGGCCUCAAGGUGGGCACGUGGGUGAGUCCCUUCAGGUCAUCACAGGAAAUAGUUCAUCCUCAGAGACACAAGCAAAUAAACUGAAGUCAACUGUAGCAGCAGCGACUCUGCCUAAUGGUUUAGUCACAGAAGGGAGAAGUCGUGGAUGGACUCGGAGUCGUGGAGAAGCAGAGGCGGCCGGAGUCGUGGUGGGUGGAGGCCCCGUGCCCACAGCAGAAGCACCCGACAUGCUGCGGCCCCUUCUUUCCACAGCAGUGGUUGACGUGAAGCAACAGCCAGAGGAGGAAGGCAUGCUGCGGGCUCUUGCCCUCCUUCUAGCUUUCCUGGCUCCUGCUUAUAUUUCAGUGUGUGUGUAUGGUGCAGGUCAUCUAGGGCAACCUCAACUUUCCGGUGGUAAAAGGCUAUCAAAAACAGCCCGCCUGCAACACGUGGUAUCUGGCAUAACAAUUUCUACAACAUCCAUAUAUUGGUAUCAGGUAUCGGGUCAAAUCCUGCAGCCCCUGCCACGCGUUUCACCUGACAGCACUGUCAGGAUGGAGUCAGGCGUUCCGACAGGCAAAUUUGAGGUAGAUGAGAUAUCUGGAACUUCUACGUCUACCCUCACCAUUCACAAUGUAGGGGAAGAAGACUCGGCCACUUACUACUGUGCCUUCUGGGAGGUGCACAAAGCUGUAACCAGUGUGACAUCAUACUGGAUCAAGAUAUUUGGAAAAGGGACUAAGCUCAUAGUAACUCCCUCUGAUAGACGCCUUCCUGCAAACAUUUCUCCCAAGCCUACCAUUUUUCUUCCUUCAAUUGCUGAAAUCAACCUCCAUAGGACUGGAACAUACAUUUGUCUUCUUGAGAAUUUCUUCCCUGACGUUAUUAAGGUAUAUUGGAAACAAAAGAAUUGCAACACAAUUCUGGAAUCCCAGGAGGGAAAAUCCAUGAAAACUAAUGACACGUACAUGAAACUCAGCUGGCUGACCGUGACUGAAAAGUCAUUGAAUAAAGGACACAAAUGUAUCGUCCAACACGAGAAUAAUAAAGGAGGGGUUGACCAGGAGAUUCUUUUUCCUUCAGAGAAUGAUGAUAUGUUGCAGUUGCAGCUCACCUACACUUCAGGCUGUUACACCUACUUCUUCCUGCUCCUCAUGAGUGCCGGACACUUGGCCAUCAUCGCCUCCUGUCUGCUCCGGAGAACAGCAGUCUGCGGCAAUGCACGGAGUUCAUGACAGAUGGUGGUACAAAAAAGGAAAGUUGUCUCCAGUGUUUAUUUUCCCUAACUGUGUCUCCUGAGGAUCUAGCUGGGCUUUCUCUCUACAUUUGGGUUCUUUCAGUUCACAUGCGUAGUUUUCUAUCUUGUCAUUAUUGUAUAAUGGUUUUUCAAACCACUGGGCAAACAGAAAACCUUAAUCUGUAACAAAAUGAAUUCUGCCAUUACUCAGGGGCAGGGUUGGGGGUGGUCCUUUAGCACCACUGUCUCCGUGAUCUCCGUCAGCUCCUCCAGGACCUGAAUGACCAUGCCUUCUGAGUACAGACAGCAUGCUGCUCUAGUCAUGUCCCUUAGGGCCAUUUAACCAGAACCACCUCGAAGCCUUCCAUUUUACACACCCUGAAUAUAACA